UCAAGAUGGCGGCGCCCACAUAUCAAACAGCACGGAGAAAGGACUGUUUAUAAACCAAACUGUUUCCUUUAGAAAACGAUUUGAAAGCUAAUAUAACGUGUAGUCGAUAUGUAAGAAGUCUUUACAGUAAAUCGCUUGUAGCAUUAUUUUUUUUUUGGAAUUUAUCGUCGAAAUAGAGGUUUGAAAUUAUAGAUGUUUGAAAUGUUCACGUGCCCUCGUAUGUUUUAAAGCUGGUGGUUGAUCAGAUCGAAGUGUAAACAACAUACGCGCGUUAUAUUUCCUCGCUUUAGUGUAGGGAAUAGCCUAUCCGAACAUUUUGGCAGGCAUGAGAUGUGGCAAAGCACUCCAGCUCACCCUUGCGGUCAUAAAACCAGAUGCCGUGGCUCAUCCUCUCAUUCUGGAGGCUCUUCAUCAGAAGAUUGUAGAAAACUUUAUUAUUAUCAGAAAGAAAGAUCUGAUGUGGAGAAGAAAAGAUUCAGAAAAGUUUUACGCUGAACAUGCAGGGCGAUUUUUCUACCAAAGAUUGGUUGAAUUCAUGUCAAGUGGCCCAAUGAGAGCUUACAUCUUAGCCAGGGAGGAUGCUAUCACUCACUGGAGAGCGAUGAUGGGCCCAACAAAAGUGUUUAGAGCCCGUUUUACUUCACCAGAGAGCCUUCGGGGCCAGUACGGACUGACUGACACCAGAAACACCACCCAUGGUUCAGAUUCUGUUGAAUCAGCCAGGAGAGAGAUAGCUUUUUUCUUCCCAGAGUUCCUUGCAGAUGAGUGGAUGAAGAGGAAGGAGCCAAGCUUUAGGUUGGGACCCAUUGAAUACAAUGAGCAGAGACAAAUUCAUACUCUAAAAGAAACAGGACUAUGAUUAUAGAUCUCCUCCAAUGCUGCAUUACCAGUACAGUGACUUUGCUUUCACAGGUUGUUACCUUUAUGUUGCACUGUAUUUAUUUGUUUUGAUGUCAUGCUCUUUCUUCAUUACUAUGUAACUCCCUUGUGCUUACACAAGACUACACAUUGCGUAUUCUGCACCUGUGCCAAGAACAAGACUGUGUUCAUUAGUUAACUAUGUGCUUCAUGCAAUAUAUGUUUACACUAUGUGU